UUUUUCUUUUCCUGAACCCUAUAAAUCCUAAGAACACACUAAACACGCACACUCCCAACAAUUUUCAUUUGCUUGGUUGAACAAACAAAAAAUGGAGCCAUGGUUAUCCCCAUCAACUUCCCAAAUGCAACUCGCAAUAGCAGCACUCUUCGGCGCAUCCGUUAUGGCUAUCUCCGCUUUCUACCUCCACAAACGCAGCGUCGACCAAGUCCUCGAACGCCUCCUCAAACUCCGUCUUAAACGCCGUCGUCAAUCAAGUCUCGUCGGAGGUUCUGAUGGAGAUGAUUUUGAUUUCAAUGAAGAUGAUGAGAUUGAUCAUGUUAUGUUGAAUUCGAUUGAUCAUAAUAAUAAUAAUAAUGUUGUUGUUGAGGAGGAUGAUUAUGAUUACGAUGAUAAUGAUAGUAGUGUGUUGGCGAUUUAUAGAGUUUCGUCGUCUAUGCCGAAUGUGAGGGUAUCGAAUGAGUGGAUGAAUGAGGAGGAUUCGAGUUUUGAUAAGGAAGUUCAAUGUGCUGCGGAGAAGAAAGUGUUGAUGAAUUCUGUCGAGAAGCUCAAUUCGAUUCCUUCGAGUUCUUCGUCUCCGAGAAAUAAAAGCAAGCUAGGUGAAGAAAGAUUUAUGAGUAGCUCUAAUCCGACGAUGCGAGUAGAGUCUGUUGGGAAGCCAAUGACUCCAAAAAUUUCAGGUGAUUCUGCAGUUGAAACGGUUGGGAACUUUAAUGAGGACAAAAGCGAGUUUGCUGUUGCUGCAGAGGAUGUUGUUUUCUCCUAUGAUAAUGAUAUCGGUCCAACUGAAGAAGAAUUUUCUAUCUCUGCCUUGACUAAAAGUCGCAUGCAUCUUCAGCAUAAAACAGUCGCACCUGAGGCAAGAUCUAACAUAAAUCAUGAUGUUGGAGAGGUAGACAGAGCAUCUAAGCACAUUGUGGAAAAUGAUCCCAGUUUCUUCAACAACAUUUUGCCCCUGCCGGCUACAACACACGAGUCUGUGAGUGUUGAAGAGGAAGAAGUACUGAAGAUGAUCCGUGAAUGUUUAUAUUUGAGAGAAAAGUAUGUUUACAGGGAAGAAAUUGCUCCAUGGAUGAAAGAGAUUAUGAGUGAACCAAAAGCAUCUGAUGGGAAACUUGAUCCAUUUAGCUUUGGCCAAUUUGAAGCAACUUCUCACCAUUUUAAAAUGGAGGAUGGAGUUGUACAUGUUUAUGCCAGUGAAAGCGAUACGGAAGAGCUGUUCCCUGUUGCUAGCGCAACAACAUUUUUCACUGAUAUGCACCAUGUCCUCAAAGUAAUGGCUGUAGGAAAUGUUCGUUCUUACUGUCAUCAUCGUUUGCGAUUUCUUGAGGAGAAAUUUCGCCUCCAUUUGCUAGUAAACGCCGACCGGGAAUUUCUGGCUCAAAAAAGUGCACCUCAUCGUGAUUUCUACAAUAUCAGAAAGGUUGAUACCCAUGUGCAUCAUUCUGCUUGCAUGAAUCAGAAGCAUCUUCUGCGGUUCAUCAAGUCGAAACUGAGAAAAGAACCUGACGAGGUAGUCAUAUUUCGAGAUGGACAGUACCUUACGCUGAAGGAAGUCUUUGAGAGUUUGGACUUGACAGGGCAUGAUCUGAAUGUUGAUCUAUUGGACGUACAUGCUGAUAAGAGUACAUUUCACCGGUUUGACAAAUUCAAUCUCAAAUAUAAUCCUUGCGGACAAAGCAGACUCAGAGAAAUCUUUCUAAAGCAAGACAACCUUAUCCAAGGGCGCUUCUUGGCUGAAGUCACUAAGGAAGUCCUGCAAGAUCUUGAAGCAAGCAAAUACCAGUUGGCUGAAUACAGAAUCUCCAUCUAUGGAAGGAAACAAAGUGAAUGGGAUACACUGGCUAGCUGGUUUGUGAACAAUGAACUUUAUAGCCAAAAUGCAGUAUGGUUGAUUCAGCUCCCACGGUUAUACAAUGUGUACAGGAGUAUGGGAACUGUCACGUCCUUCCAGAAUAUUCUGGAUAAUGUAUUCAUUCCUCUAUUUGAAGUCACAAUUGAUCCAAAGUCUCAUCCUCAUUUGCAUCUGUUCUUAAUGCAGGUGUGGAAGCUGAGUUCUUGUGACCUUUGUGAGAUAGCUAGGAAUUCGGUCUAUCAAUCUGGAUUCAAGCAUGCAGACAAGAUGCAUUGGCUUGGUAAUAAAUACUAUAAGAGAGGCCCUCAAGGAAAUGAUAUUCACAAGACAAAUGUACCCAAUACGAGGAUUUCCUUCAGACAUGAGACGUGGAAGGAAGAGAUGCAGUACGUUUACAGAGGAAAAACAAUCCUUCCCGAAGAUGUAGAACAUUGAUCAGAAAUGAUAUCAACGACCUGUAUCUCACUCGGGCACAUCAUGAUUCAGAUAUCCAGAAGGUGAGGCUCCUGAAGUGGUGAGGUUAAAGAACAACAGUGAUGCGGUUCCAUUAAAUAUUGCUGGUUAAUUUAUGGUGUAAUUUGGUGCCUUCAUUUUUAGUUCUAUUGAAUCUCUACUUUGAAGUUUACGUAAAAUCAAAAGAAUGUAGCUGGCUUAUUGCUGCAAUGCUCUUGUAGUAACACCAGGUUUAUACUAGCUUAAGCAAGAUUUACCCAAAAAUGUCUUGUUGAACCAUUAUGCAUUUUAUUCUUUUCAUUCUAGUAUCUAGCCUGCUUUUGGACA